AUGCUUCUGACUCGGCUCUCAAGAAUUCACGAUUUGAUGACGACUAGAGAACGAUUGGUUACAGAGGUUGGAGAGUUCAAAAAGCAUCUUCAAAACCGCGAAGCUCGAAAUAUUUUACUCGAUAAUGGCGAUCUUUCGCCAGAGGCAAGGCGGUUUUGUGCUUAUGUAAUUCUUGACAAAUCUGAAAUCGUCGAAGUCGAGAACAGUCUUGAAUUAUUACAGCAGGAAGGAUUGAUGAGAAUUACUGAUUUAAGUGCGUUGAAAACGUUUGGAUUUGUUACAGAGCGUCCUUUGCAAGAACGCUUUUUGGAACCAUCUAAAGAAUUCCAAGAAUUCAUUGUAAAAGCUACUCAGUUGGAUAGUUCAUUGACGGUUCCCGAUAGUGUUGGUGCAGCCGAACAAGUUAAUCUGGAAGCGCCGUUCCAGUUGCUGCAAAUUGAACAGAGAAGGGAGCUCAACGAACUUUAUGAAAUGCUAGCAGUAUUACCAACGGAGGAGAGGAGAAGUGCUGAAGAAGUGCUAGAAGACUUGAGGGCAAAAGUGCAGGCGGUUAUAGGUGUUAGUAAUGUUGACCGUAACCUCAUCGACGAAACACUUUUAUGGCUUAAGGAACAGGAAAAAAAUAUUGAGGCUGAAAUGAUGAAAUGCUUUCAAGCUCUUAAUCUUCAUGGAGUGGAAAAAAUUAUUGAAGAUUUGUGGACACCUUGGAAAUUUUAUCUGGACAAGUUGGAAAGGUCGUUGUCCGUGGAGGAGUCGACGCAACAACCGUUCAAGGAAUUGGAAAAAUCCUCUUUUGAUUUAGAUGGGAAAAUUAAAAGGUUUAAGAAUAAGAUGGCGAAAAGAAAUCGCCGUGAGGAGAAACUUUACGAAAAACUGCAAUCGUUUGCGAAGUGGUUGAAGUUUGCGGAGAAGGAGGUGGAAUGUCUUGAAGCGUCUAAUUUGGUUGAAAAUUCUGCAAAGGAUAUGAUGAAUUUGAGGGAAUCUUGUGAAAAAUAUCAGGACCUAGUGUUAAAACUAGAGAAUACUCAUUUCAUAUCAGAUCGCGCAGAAGAAAUUAUGGGAUACUGCAGGCGGUAUCGGACACUUGUAGAUGCACUUUCCCAAUGGAAGUUACAUGGUUUUUCAGUUCCAGUUCAUUUGGAUGAAGAACUUCCUUCGACUUCAGGGCAGCUUGAAGUUUCUUUCGACUCACCGUCUACUCCCGGUACGCGUGAAGAUUUCGACGAUGACAUACGGGCUGUAGAAAAGGAACUGGCUGUAAUAAAGAACUCUGAGGAACCAACUCUGUUUUCACGGGUAUCUCGCGCAUCUCGUGCUGACGAGAUAGAAUUGCUUCUCCCAGAAAUUGAUGGGGAACUCCAUUCUAUGGCGGAGAAGCUGGGAGUGAUAUCUGGAAGUUAUUCAAAGUCGCUAAAGCCGGUGGAUGAAGCUACUGUUGAUUAUAAUGGAUUGGCGGAUUUGUCGGAGAGAAGGAAAGAUUUUGAAGACGCAUGCAAAGAUUUAUGUAGGAAAAUCACUGGCGAUUCUGCUUCUAAAUUAAAGGCGCUUUAUUACCAGUUUGAAAAGUUGAAGGAUCCACUUGAUGAACUUAUGAAUUCUAUAAAGUCUGAAAUUGAUGCCGAAGAUGAUUUACGGUUGAAUUACGACCAGAUCUUGAAAGAUUUGAAUGAAUUGGGCCAAGAAGUACACAGCGCAGGAAUUGAUGUCUCUAAAGUGAAAAGACGAGUUGAACAUGUUGAGCUACAACUGGAAAAUUUGCGAACUCAGUGUUCUGUUAGACGUAAAUAUGUAGAAAACAGUGUCGAAGCUCCUCUCAUUAGCGCUUCAGAAACGACAUCUCCGAGGAAGCGAAUUAUUUUGCUUGUUGUUGAUGAGGAACUGGAAAAAACUUCAGGAGGACAAGGAGAAGAUCUCGUAGCUUUAAGAGACAAGUUAAAGAAAAUUGGUGAUAAGGUCGAUGUGCCACAGGAAGAAAGUAAGGAAUUACUGGAAGCAGCUAAACAGAUGUAUGAAAAUCUUCAAGGUCUUCUGAGUUGUGAUUUUUCUCAUCAAGACUUAAAUGGCUUAAACUUAUCCCUUUCUGCUGUCCUUGACAGUAAAUCAAAGUUUCGGAAGAUACUAAGUGCCUUGGAAGCAACACAGUCAAGUUCACCAGAGACGUUUGAAUACGUCAGAAGUUCUGUUGUCAUUCUGAAAUCGAUAUUGAAACUUGAAAAUGAUAUAAAAGAGAGGAUCGACAUUGAAAAACAAAAAAACAGUUUGGAAACGGGUCAAGAUGAGUUGCCAGUUGAGGAACAGGUCAUUGCUGCUUUACGCAAAUUAAUUGAGAGGGAGAAACUUUUGUUGCAAGAUAGGGCAACCGCUCCUGACACUCUUGAGGAAGUUUUCCUGCAAGCGGAAAACGCUUUAUCCCAGUCUUCCAGUGUACCUGACGAAAACUUACAAAAACCGCAAAAUCAGGACCUCAACGUUUUAAGUAAUGAGCUUAAAGUGUGGAACCAGAAAGUGAAAGAAAAAUACGAGGUUUGGAACAACUUUAAACAUGAAGUCGGUCUAGCUGCGGCUGUUUUGGAGGAAAUUCGUACUGCUUUGAGUAUUAUUGAAAACGGAUCGCCUGUUUCCUUCUCAAAAGCCAUAGAACUUCAAAAGACUAUGGAGAUGAACGGUUCACGACUUCGAGAGCUCAGGGAAAGCAUGAAAAGAAUCAAAAAAACAUCAGAGUCAUUACAUCCAAUGGAAGCUGCUGACGUAGAGGCUCGAUUCCUUGAGGCAGAUUUUGAUCAAACUACUAAAUUUUUCAAGAGCAUUGACGAGAAAUUUAAUGAGGAGCUUGACGACCAACGACGACUUCAGCGCUUUCUUGAUGAACUUAAAGCAUUUUGCGCACUCAGCAGCUAUAAACCACAAGCGAAUGAAACUGAGGAGCUCCUUAGAGCAGCUUAUGAAAUGAACGAUCACCUAGACAACGUACACAGGAAGUAUAUUGACGCAGACCACAUAAAAGACCGAGAUAUAAUUCAGCAGUUCAUACGGAUGGCAACAAACGCUUCCCUGGAAUCAUCAUCGAGGGACACGAAAUUCCCUGCAACAGAACAUGCUCCAGCUUUCCUCCAACAAACUCAUCCUUAUUCCCCAGAGUUGCCACAAGACACAGGCCACACACUCCAACAUAUACAAACAAACGAUACUGAUCCGCACAAGCUUUUUGAUUCCCCACAGCAAGACAUAGUACAGAAACACAACGUAACAAGCGAAUCUCACUCAUCCUACCCCGAACUUCAAACCAGUUAUGAAGACAAGAUCGACGGCACGUCUCACGAACUUCAACUUUAUCCAGAACGUCAACUAACGUCGGAUCUUUCUUUCCCAUCAACCUUCCAAACCAAAAAACAGAUACACGACAAUAAAGCUACAACAAUAGAAUUUUCAAAAAAACCUUUGCAAACUUCCUUGACAUCAGAACCAAAUGAGGAAGAACUGUUGAAACUGGAAGAACAAAUUCAACAAAUACCAGUUGAGCGUGAAGAUGUAAAAUUGCUUGCUGAUCAGUUGCAAUCGAUUCGUGCCAGGAAGCAAGAACAAGAAGCUGUAGAAAAGGAAAUGUCUGAAGAGUUAAAUCAAGUUACAGAAGAUAUGAAGAAUAUAGAGCAAAAUCUAACAGCUAUAUUGUCCCGAGAAAGGUUUGAAGAUGGCGAUUUGAAAGAACUAGCUAAGCUAAAGGAUGAGGUGGAAAACAAUUUACUGAAAAAGACCGAUGAAAUAGCUUCAAAAAUUGCUGAAAGCAAUGUCGUGCUGAAUAAUUUGGAGCCAGAAAUCCAACGUGAACAUGAUUUUGUUGAAAAAGUAAAGGCUUUGAUUGCUGACAAAACUGAACAGCUGGAAUACAAGGAAGGCAUAAGAAAAGCACUGGAAAAACUUGAAGAUGAACUUGCGAAAGACCAAUGUUUCCUCAACAAGUCGCAAAACAUCCAGUCAACAAAAGAUCUCCCUAAAGUGAAAGAACUACUCAGAGAAUUGGAGGAACGAAAUUCUUCACUUUUAGACUGCACCGAUCGUUUGUCUGCAUUAGAAUUCCGGAACUUAGAGGAAAACGAACUUCUCACGGUCAGUAAAAAAUUCAGGGAAGCAGAGGCAACUGCAGAACGUAUGCAAGCACUGGAUGAAGCUCUAAGUGCACAAAUUGAAGCAGUUGAUUAUUGGAACGCAGACAAAAAACGGUUGAGGAAUGAAACGGAACUGGUUAUUCAAGCAAUUCAUACACUUGUUGAUGAAUAUGCUAAUCGA